UUGUCCAUCUUAGAGUCCGGCAAAGUGUCGAACUGAAGACUGAAGUGAAGAGGAAGUACUUUUGAAGAUGGAAAUAUAGUGGAUUUUAUUCAAAGUAACACAGCGAAACAGAGGGAUAAGGUGAGCGAGCUGUGGACGCCAGCUAUGCCUGCUCAGCCCCCUGUGAGGGAGCCUGAGGAGGAGAUGGAGGCAGAAGGAGAAUCACAACUCCCUGAAGCCAAUGGAGAAGUUGAAGAACCAAGAGAAAAUGAAGGAGGCGGAGGAGAUGAGACCAUAGAGGAGAGCAUGGAGGAAAGAGAGAGUGACCUAGAGGAGAGUGAAGAGGAAGAAGAGGAGGAGGAAGAGGAGAGUUCAGAAAUGGACGACGAGGACUGUGAGCGGAGGAGAGGAGAAUGUCUAGAUGAGAUGUUGGAUCUGGAGAAACAAUUUCAAGAGCUGAAGGAGAAGUUGUUUCGGGAGCGACAGAACCAGGUGAAAGUGAAGCUGGACGAGGUGUUGACAGGGAAGGCAGGAGAAUACAGAGAACCACUGGCUGCACUACAAAACAGUAUGCAGAUACGAACACAAGUGGCUGGAGUGUAUAGAGAACUUUGUCUACAGGUCAUCAAACACAAACAUGAGUGUGAACUGCAAGGAGCAAGGCAGCACCUAGAGAGUGAGCGACUGUUACUGUUUGAUGCCAUGAAGACGGAGCUGUUGGAAAAGAUAAGACGCCUGGAGGAGGACAGACAGAAUAUAGACCUGACCUCAGAAUGGAGUGAUGAGAUGAGGAGUAAGAAGUGUAAAAGAAAGAACGUGCUGGGUCGGGAGAGGAAAAAGAAAGUAGCUCUGGUUUCAGGGCCUUUUAUCGUCUACAUGUUGAGCGACAUUGACAUCCUUGAAGACUGGACUGCCAUCAAGAAGGCAAAAGCAGCUCUGUCACCAAUAAAGAAGAAAGCUGAAAAGCGGUGAUAAUAAGAGGACUUGACUGAAGACUGUAAACAAACAAACCAAAUAUAACACACACAUUCCCAGCUCCUUCCACUAACGGUUUAGGACCUGAAACCCAGCUACCGACCCCCCCCAUUCCCCCACCCCCCAUUGCUUGUUUGUUACCUGUUGCUAUUUAAACUAAGAUGUUAAUGAUAUGAUGACCAUGUAUUUAUAGAAUGAUUUAUAAUGAUGAUUAAACUUGAAUCUUUUAUGACACAAUAA